AUGUUGAUCACCCUCUUAAUUUUAUUAUCAUUUACUGCUAUUAUUCCUCAAACACGUUUCACCACAAUAUCUUCACCAUCAGUCAAUGACUUUGAAGAAAUCUUCAAACGUUACCCAACUACAGUGAUGUGUCGCUGCUCCCUAGUAUCGAUUCCUUAUGCACAGCUUAUAUCAUUCAAUGUACAAUAUCAUCAAGUCUGUUCGAGCGAUUUUGUCACUGAAGAAUGGUUUUCCUCUUUAUUCAAUAUUAAUACAACCAGUUACUAUCCUCUUGACUUUCGUUUGAUGGCUUUUGCACAAUUUCAAGUUUUAUCUAUUCUCUGUCGAACAUCACGUCAAGUUGUAAAAAAUGCUCUAAAAGAAUUUUUGGUAACAGCAAUUGUGUCACCAAAUGCAUGGUCACGCGAUAUAUUGAAUAUUUACUUAGACUUGUCUAUUGAACAACUGCAAAAAAAUACACUUGUCAAUUUUCUUUCGUACUAUCAUUUUGUGUCAUCUCUAUUUGAAGAAUAUCGUUUUAUAUCUGCAUUGAGAACAAACUUCUACACAAGCAGUGUUCCUGGUAGUAAUAUUUCUGAAACUUUUUCAGCCAUUUAUCCACAAGAAAAUAACCGAACUCAAUCGUCAAUGAUGUCGAAUGAAACAUGUCGAUGUGAUCAUACAAGUGAUUGUGUUUAUCCUGCUGGCAUUUAUAAUCAAACAAAAUCUAUUAUACCGAAUGAAGUAUUUUCACUUGAUGAACCAGCUCUAUUCAUGGUACCAGGAUUUCAAGUUGGAUGUGUACCCCAAAAUGCAUUACUUCAAUCAACAUUAGAAUGCUUUUAUAAUCAAUCAUGUUUAGACAUCGUCAUUUCGUUGACUGGUGCUCUUCGCACUGUCUCUACAUUGAAUAUUUCAAAGUCUUUUUCACGAUUUAGUCCAACAACAAGUAUUGGAGUUCUUUUUGAUAAUCUAAUGAUUGAAUCUUGGGGGAACUCUACUGAUUUUGCUGCCUAUUUCCAAAGUUGUGCACCCAAGACCUGUUCAUAUUCAUAUACACGUCUCUUUUUUCUCAUUUACAUGAUUACAACCUUGGCUAGUGUCUUUGGUGGACUAAACGUAGUAUUGCGCAUCGUAUCUCCGUUGUUCGUCCAAUUCGUUCUACGUUUAUGUCUGCAAAGGAUUCGAACGGUAGAAGCUAAUGAAGAACAUGAACGAAACAAAAGUUUCAAAGAUUGCAUACAAAAUUUGAUUAAGCUAAUUCGUCAAAAAGUUAUUACAUUCAAUUUGUUCAAGACAACUUUCACCGAUGUUCAACCUGGUAUUUAUUCUACUCGUGUCUAUAUCAUUUUGCUGAUACUCGGUAUUUUUAUAUUGAUCCUUUACUCUACUUCGCUGGUUAGUUCACAACAAAUUAUUAUCAGAAAUCCAAGUAUCGAGCAAAUCGAACAACUUCGUGACAAAUAUGGAUCGAUUCUAUCAUGUCCAUGUCGUCGUUCAUUGAUACCACGUUCAACAUUCACAUCGUAUAAGCUACAAAUUCAUCCAUUUUGUAGGAGUAGUUUUGUGCGUGAUGAUAGUUGGUUCCAAUAUUGGACAAUGACAUUUCUCAAUGGUACCAUCGAUCCUACGCCACCAUUUUAUUGGAUUGACUUUCGCAAGAAUGGAUUGAAAUUUUUUAAAUAUGUUAAAAUAUUCUGUGACAUGGUUGAUAUCAGUGUGUCUCAGAUAGUGAAUCCGUUUCAAGAACAAUAUAUUUACACUCCUCAACCUAUCACUCAAGUUGAAUUCAAUGAUACAACUUAUCUUUGGCAGAAUUAUCUUCAUUUGCCGAUGAUGCCAUGGGGUAGGAAUAAAUUAAGUGCAGUGGAACAAUAUAUUCAACAGAGUGGAUCAAUUUCAUCCGAGUUUUUUUAUCCUCCUGUCGUUUCAAAACAGAAAAAUAAUACAUGGAUUUCCGAGUAUGGUUCAGGUGCCAUAAAACUAUUUGAUGCGACGACAUGUGAUUGUACGUAUGGUAGUUAUUGUUUUAAUCCACUUGGUUUCUAUUGCUAUCCACCACUGUGUACACCAACAGAUGGCAUAGCAUUUACAUCUAUUUACAAUCUAUUUAUUGGUUGUCACCUUUCAUACUUUAGUUCUUCUACAGUAGAAUGUUUUUACAAUGAACCCUGUGUUCAAAUGCUGAUUAAUCUGCGUCUUUAUGGUUAUGAAAAUGUUUAUUUACCAAUUGAUCUGAGUAAUAUAAAAUCACUUGAUCAAAAUGAUAUUGCCUAUAGUUUCUCUGAAACCAGUUUAAGAUACCUUUUUUUAGCUGCUCCUGAUUACUUCGUCUAUAUUGGAAAUUAUAGUUCUUACUAUAAUCAAUGUCAGCCAGAGACAUGUACAUAUACAAUAGAUCAGAAAUUAAAUCUUAUUGCUCGUGUUAACUUAAUUAGUGGUCUUAUUGGAGGAGUAACUGUUGUACUUCGUCUAUUAGUUCCAUCAUUCAUCAAAAUUAUCUAUCUUAUUUAUCAUUUGCGCUAUCAGCAAACCCAAAAGAUGCAUCCAAGUAGUAUUUAA